AUGGUGGAGUGUUUCGACCGAACCUUGAAAAAGAAACGCUGGGACGAAGGGAACCCCUUGGCGCAGUAUGUGAACCCCUUCAUCGAGCAGAACGAGGUGAAGGAGAUUGCCAAGGGCAUUCAGAUGCGCUUGGACGUGACCUUGCAAUUUCCUUCGCUUCGGCGGCCCAUCAAGCAGGAUGAGAGUAUCGCACUGGUGGCGCGCCAAAGCAAGGGAGGCCCCUUGAUCGCCUACGUCGAGAUUUGCCUCCUCCCCGCCGAUGGCCGCCGUCCGGAAGAUGAGCGACCCAUGGACGGAGCGACGCCGUGGCAGCCCUACCUGAGCAACCUGUGCGUCACCCAGCGCGCGCGGCGCAGCGGCAUCGGACGGGCGUUGCUGGCGCUGAUGGAGGAGGUGAUCCGAUAUGUUUGGAAGGAUCAGAGGAUCUACCUCCACAUCGACAAUUACGGUCCGGCCAAAGCCUUGUAUGAAUCCGAAGGCUUUGUCGCCACUGGCCCAAUGGAUGCGGAGGACGUCACUCACAUGAUGAAAGAGCUUCCUCCUGUGGAGGAAGAAUUAGACGAUGACGAUGAGGAUGAAGAGGCGCCGGAUGAGGACGAGGAGGACGAGGACGAGGAAUCCACGGUGAAAGCCUUGCCCUCGGCGGCGCCCAUCACGACGACAGCGCCCAUCACAACGACGGCGCCCAUCACGGCAGCGCCCAUCACCGUCCAAGCAGCGCCAAUCACCACUGUCCAAGCAGCGCCCAUCACCGCAGCGCCCAUCACCGUCCAAGCGCCACCCAUCACCGUCCAGUCGCCUACCCCUCAGUACCUUCCGCAGUCCUUCUCUCCGCCUGCGGUGCCGGCCAGCAGCGCCACCGUGGCGCCGAGCGUGGCGCCGUCCGGCCCACCAGUGCAGCCGCCCAGGCUCACGGAAGGGAUCCCUUCGCCCGAUGCCAUCGAGCAGCAGAAGGCGGCCUAUGCGCGAAGCUUGGAUGAGCAGCUGGCGCAGGGCAUCAAGAUGAUUGAGUCCAACAAUGAGUCCCGGAAACAGGCACUCCGCCAGGAGGCUGAAAUGAAGACCGAGCAGUACUACCUGCAGGUGGAUCAGCAGCUGAAGGCCCAGGAGAUGAGUGUCGAUCAGCAGGCGAACUACCAGCUCAUGGGACUGCAGCAAGCAGCCUUCGAGCGGCGAGCCAUCCUGGAUCAGCAGGCGGCUGCCGCGACGUUGGAAUAUGAGCAGAAGCGCGUCCAAGACGAGUUCGCUAAGACUCAGUACGAGCAUCGGAAGAAGGCUGCGCAGAAGCAGGCAGAGAUGCAGAAAGAGUUGGCCAGGCAAAAGGAGGACUUCGCCCGGCAGCAACGAGCCAUGCAGGAGGCCUAUGCUCAACAGGCCGCUGGUUUGGUGCAGGAUCGCCAGGUCGUAGGCGACCCGCAGCCGGUGACGGUCACAACGGGCACCGCCAUGGCGGCGCCCUACGUGGCAAGCUCGCCCUACGUGGCGAGCUCGCCCUACGUGGCGAGCUCCGCCUGGAAGGUGUGA